AUGGAGUCACAGUGCGUUAGCAUAAUACAACAUUACAGUGUUGAAAACAUUAUCAAUAAUUUUAUGGAUGAGGAUUCUGUGCCAGCUCUGUGGGAGAAGUUGGAGAAGCUCUAUAUGGCUAAGGGCCUAACCAACAAGUUAUAUAUGACGAAGCAACUGUACACGCUGAAGAUGGAGGAAGGUGGGAAUCUCAUGGAUCACAUCAACGUGUUCAGCGGAUGCAUUGAUCAACUGCGAAAAGUUGAUGUUAAGCUUGAGGAAGAAGAUAAGGCCCUUUUACUUCUUACCUCGCUUCCCGAUUCAUAUGAAAAUCUUGUUACAACUUUGUUUUCAAGUAAAGAUACAAUGAGCUUGGAACAGGUGCAGGUAUCAUUGGUGUCCCAUGAUACACAGAAGAAAAUAUUUAGUGGUGAUGGUGGGCACGAGUCUACAUUAGCUGUUGAAGAAGGGAAUCGAGGAAGGACAUUUGAUGGUAGAUUUGAGAGAGACAGCAGGUUCAUAUCUAGUUCCAAAGGAAGGGUGUGA